AAUGGAUUAAGAAAAUGAAGAUGUAAAUCUUGCAUUUCCUGAAUAUUUAACUAAUAAAGAUGAAGAUGAAUAGAUGCUAGAUCAAUGCAUCUAAUAAUUUGAAAAAUUACAGGAGUGUUAAGAUAAAUCAAUUAGAAAUUUAAUAGAAGCCAAAUUAGCUGUUGUGAUCAAUCAAACACCUAUUUCUUCAGUUGUAAGUUUGUAUGAGAAUUUGGCAGCCGAAUAUAAAAUUUCUGUAUUAUUUAUAAACAAAAAUAGCCCAAACAUCACAAAGUAUCUAAGUUUUUCAAUCAAUUCCCUUCUAUGAAAAUAGCCAAUGAUUUCAUUGAUGGUAAGAUUCCCUAAUUGCCUUGGCCAGUUAUUGGUGCUUUAAAAGCAUAAGAGUUAUAAGAUCAUUUGCUAAAGAUAUUUAAUUUUAAUUAUGGAAGAGUUGGAAUGCAUGAAUUUCCUUUUUUGUGGUUUCCUAAAUUAUUAAAAUCUUAUACUUUUCUACUAGAUAAUUUGUUUAAUACGAAGACUAAAAUAUUACAAGAUGAAAAAUAUUAUUUGGCUAUAAUGGUAUUCAUAUUUAUUUAUAAUUAAGGGAGCUGCUGCAUCUGGAUGUGAUUAAUUAUAUCUAUUACUCUCGCAGAUAUUCUAUCUAAAUGAAGGAGAUAGGAAUUGGAUAGAUAUAGGCUAUGAUUGCGUAGAUGAACAUAUUAAAUAAUUAGAUCCUUUAUGUAAAUUAUUGAUAACUAAACCAUGGGAUCCUCAACUUUCAUAAGAAUUACAUAAAUUACUCAAAGGAAAGUGGAGAAGAAAAGAAUUAGUAUAAGCAUUAAUGAUAUUCAUAUUCUACAAUAAUUUGGGUAGUUUUUCAUUAGGUAAUGGUAUUGUAAAAGAAAUUGAUGCAAUUAUUGAUAAUAAUUCUGUAAAUAAUAGUAUUCAAUAUGCCUAACAUGAAUCUUUGAUUGAUUUUAUUUAAAAUGAGUCUAUACUCUAAGAACUUAAGUAAUCUGCACUUCUUGAAGAGGAUCUUCCACCAGAAGAUGCCUAAAUGCAAAUUUAAAUUAGAUAAAAGACUUCUCAAUCUUAUAGUUUUUAUGUUGAAGAUACAGAUUAAUAAUUAAAAUUACAUUUUGAUGAAAAGUUCUCUAAACAUUUUUCACACUCAGAAUUAUAAUAUUGUGAUAGCAAAAGUGUUUUAAGAUCUUCAGUAAAAUCUUAUUGAAAUUAUUAGGAAUAUUCAUUUUAAUUGAAUAGUUAUCCUGUUUUAAAAGAAGCAUUUUUAGAAGGAGCUGAUGCUAUCAAUAAUUUAUUAUAAGAAGUGAAACAUAUGACAAGAAAUUCAUUUGGAAAUGAGGAAGUGGCUACAACAGCUUUUAGAAAAGCAAUACGUUAUUAUGGAGAAGGACAAUUUAGAUAUUAACAUGAAGAUAUUGAUUAUUGGGCAUAGGUAUUCAUAAAUAAAAUAUUUUUAUUAUGAAAGAUGGAGAAGCUACUUCCACAAUAAUUGAAAUAAUUCAUCAAAAUACUUAUUUGGACACCAAAUGUGAUAUCAAAAUCCCAUAUUGAGUAAAUUUAACUAUAACUAUCAGCUGAUGAAUUGUGUCAUAUCACACUUCUAACUGUAGCAGCUAGAAUCGAAACUUAAUUAAUUUAUUUAUCUAAAUCUUUAGUUGAGUUUAUGUGA